AUCGGCAUCGGCAUCGUCUUUUUUCCAAUUUUUGCGUGUGGGAAGCAGUGGGAAGCUCCAGCACUCGUGCCAUCGACCGCACUCCAUUUACAUCCUUUUUAAAACCGUGGGUGCGCGCUAUAAAUACCAAGGGUCUCCGUCCACCUCGCCGCCGGAGACAACCACCAAACCCACGCAUCCCCUCCCCUCCUCCUUCCACAGCGAGCGCGGCGCCGAUGGCCACGGCACACUGCUACCCGCCGCCGCCGCCCAUCGCCCACGCGCUUCCAAGGCCGCACGCCGCCGACAGCGCCGUCGCCCUCCUCCCCGACGACGGCGGCAGCGACAGCGAGAGCGUGGCGGAGUCGUCGUGCCCGCACCCGCGCCGGCCGACGGCGAGCGGGGACGAGGAGGAGGAGGAGGAGGACGGGUGCAGCGGCAGCUGCGUGGAGGCGGACGAGUACUGGGGGUACUACCAGCAGCAGCAGCAUCCGCAGGAAGCCGACGAAGAGGAGGAGGUCAGCACGGCGAGCGUCUGGUGGAAGAAGAAACGGGCGGCGGCGGCGGCUGGUAGGGCCGGCGGCGCGUUCCCCUCGGCGGUGGGGCGUGAGGGGGAGGAGAAGAAGGCGGAGGACCCGAAGCGGGCGGCGGCGCGGCAGGAGGAGGACCGCAAGUUCUGGGCGGACUGCCUCGCCACAGGGUACCCAUGAACGGACCCCGGGGGAAGCCAUAGCUCGGCAUGCAAAGGCCAUGGCAAAAAGCCGUGAGCGCCGCUAACCGAAACUGCAGCCCGACCCAAGCAUGGGGGGUGGUCAAUUAAAGCAGCGGUGGGACGCCAAAGCCAGUGGCCAAUGGCAUUGCCGGCGGCCACCAACCGGUGGAGAGACAUGGGACAUGGGUGCAGGAGAGGUGGCAGGCAAGGAGAUCUCUCGUCCGCUUUAAAUUCCCGUCCUUCCUCGUCAAACUCCCAAUUGGACAGACAGACGGUGGCCGAUCACCGACGGAGCAUCGCAUUCCGUCCGUCCGUGCGUCCUAGGCUCAUGUUCAUGUAGGUCCUAGCCCGGAUCGCGGGGCCUGUGGAACGUGCGUCAGUUGCGCGCGCCAACGACCGGUGGCGAGUAUGGUCCAAGCUCGGCCGCGUAACCAUGUGUGUUUAUGAUGGGUUUGGUGCGUAAAGCGGCCAGAGUUAUUUAAAGGGGGCAAAGCCAAGCUGCGGUUGCUUGUCCAAUGGAAA